UCCGAGUUCUUCGUUUUUGUUCACACCCCGUUCUUUCGCUGUAUUUCUUGUGUCAAGCCUUUCUGAGCAACAAUCCCCGUCACACAUCACGAUGCAGGUAACCACUUUUCUCCUAGCAUCGCUCGCCUCUUUUGUGGCAGCGCAAACAGCCACCACUACAGCGAGCGCGUCUGCGGCAUCCACGAGCUGCGCUGCUCAGAAGUAAGCAGAUUUGGAACCCAUCGCCGACGACUGAUGCUGAUCAUCGUUAGCAUUCUCGAUGCCUGCAUGUGCAACUGAGCAAGCUCAGGUCAAUUCGUGCGCCCAGACUGACUAUUCCUGCCUCUGUACACAGUAUGGCAACCUGUUGACUUGCUACAACAAUUGCCCGAACGACCCGGGCGCUACCACCGUUCAGCAGGACCGAGAGCAGUACUGCAACGCCGCUGCUGUCGAUGGCAGUACGACCACGAUGGGCGUUGUAUCCGCCACAAAUGCCUCUACCGCCGCUAGCAUCAUUGCAACGUCUGCUUCCAUUACAUCCGGAGAAAGCAUUGCUUCCAGCACUGGCACAAGCUCAAGUGCUACUGCUUCCUCCACCCCUUCGCAACAUAAUGGGGUCACCAGGACAGAAAUGGAAAAUAGCUUGACUGUCGUUGCUCUCGCUGGGCUUGGCCUCGUUUUGUGAAGAUCAACAACACAUCAUAUUCCCUUCGGUUGCCGAUCUAGCGCAGGGUUUGGCUUGAGUUUCCAAAUGGG